UCAAGACCUUUCUACCAUUCAAGAACAGGUUCUGGACCUUCCCCUCAAGACCUUUCUACCAUUCAAGAACAGGUUCUGGACCUUCCCCUCAAGACCUUUCUACCAUUCAAGAACAGGUUCUGGACCUUCCCCUCAAGACCUUUCUACCAUUCAAGAACAGGUUCUGGACCUUCCCCUCAAGACCUUUCUACCAUUCAAGAACAGGUCCUGGGCCUUCCCCUCAAGACCUUUCUACCAAACUUUCCACCAAUCUAUCUUCAGUCUAUCAUGAAUGCUGCUGCCAGACUCAUCCACCUUACUAACCGUUCUGUAUCUGCCACACCUCUGUGCCAAUCCCUCCACUGGCCUCCACUCGGUGUCCUCCACCCCUCUCUGCCAAUCCCUCCACUGGCCUCCAUUCAGUGUCCUCCAUCCCUCUCUGCCAAUCCCUCCACUGGCCUCCACUCAGUGUCCUCCACCCCUCUCUGCCAAUCCCUCCACUGGCCACCACUCGGUGUCCUCCAAUCCCCUCCUCCACUCGGUGUCAUCACCCCUCUCUGCCAAUCCCCAUCCACUGGCCUCCACUCGGUGUCCUCCACCCCUCUCUGCCAAUCCCUCCACUGGCCUCCACUUCGGUGUCCUCCACCCCUCUCUGCCAAUCCCUCCACUGGCCUCCAUUCGGUGUCCUCCACCCCUCUCUGCCAAUCCCUCCACUGGCCUCCACUCAGUGUCCUCCACCCCUCUCUGCCAAUCCCUCCACUGGCUUCCCAUUGCCCAACA